AUGAUGGACUUUUCGAAUAUUUCACGCAGAGCCAUUCGUGGAGCUGGUGGGCUUAGUCUAGGAUGGAUCCUCACGUUUUCCAUCGGUGGUGCAAUCCUUCUCUUUGCGGCGAUCGGCUUUCUUCUUACUUGGCGCGUCAAGGCUCGAGAUAAAGAGGACGCGACUACUGUAUAUCAAGUGUCGGAAGAUGUCGAGGACCAUAGACGAUCCAUCUUUACAAAACGACUGGUCAAGCGCAAAUACGCCAUGUCGAGAUCAGUCAGUCGACUCUCACUCUCACUACCACCGGUAUUACCACCACUCCCGACAUAUAACAGCUUUACCUUCUUCGGUGGAAACGCAAAACGAGGACGAUCGAGUAGUUGGGUUGAGGAGGAUAAAUUCCAUGGUCCAAGAGUUAGCAGGAGUCGUCGCGAUAGCCUCUUCAGUCGAGAUGGAUGGCUGGGAAGAACUCCAACAAUUCCAACACUUAUGACGGAUGAUGACCUAGAAAAGGCACAAGAUAGUCAGGAGCUUGAGCAAGGGAUCAAAUUUCAGAAGCGACAAAGUGUCGAGACCCUCAAGCCAAGCAAAACUGCACCUGAACUACCUGUGCCAGAAGAAGAGGCUCAGACGAGUCCAGUGCGAGCUCCCUCAAGAGCUCGUGUACGGGCUUCUGUAACGGAUACAGACCUUCGAGAUAUCCUUCGAAGUACAGAACAGCGACUUCGAGACGGAACGAGCCGUUCGCCAAGCAAGAACUCGCGCAGCUCACCAACGAAGCGCUCACCACAAAAGAUCUCAUCAGUGAGAAGCACACCACGCAAGAACUCUCCUACAAAAACACCACAUAGCCACAAGACCAUGUCAUCUGAGGACUCAACCAACACAACUGGAACAGUUCGCAUCUCGAGGAUCCCGCCGAGCCCUACCAAGAGAGCUACUAUCCAUGCGGUACCUACAGAUGCGCAGAGUCGACAGGUUUCUAUUAGCUCGAUUGGAAGUGCUGCAAACAGCUUAAUUGCGGAGGCGACGCAAGAGCUCGUAUUGCCAGGAGGGUUGUCAAGCCCAAGUCGGAUGAGAGGGCGUCAAUGGGACGCCCCGGAAGACCCAAGCCCCGAGAAGCAAAUUCCUCAAAAGCAGAGUUCUCAGACACAGUCUGCUAAAGAGGAUAGCCCCGAUAGACGGGCCUCACAAGACAGCCAGGCAUCAAGUUCACUUUCGACACUGUACAGCGCCAAUGACCCCGAAGAAAAGGACCAGCCAGAUCCAUUUAUCGAGCGAAAGACACCUGGAGUUAUGAGCUCAGAAAGCAGAGGAUCAUUGUUUGGAAACCGAGCUUCACACAAAAGGGGAAGGAAUUUGAGUAUAUCGAUCCCAGGCGGACAAUCUAUCUUCAACACAACAGGACAACUUCGACCUUCGUUUGUAAGCACACAAGCUGUUGGAGGCCUUCCUAUCUCCUCAUACUUGCAACCACCACCAGAGCGAUUCCAGCGCAAUGAUACCUAUCAUUCACGCGAUCAAGAUGGUAUUGCUCUUGCGUUCCCUGUCAGCAAUUCAUACACCAGCAUCCUGACACCAUCUGUGACGACUACCGAGGGAGAUAGCACACUGACACUGGGAGACCGGAUGAGUGAGAGCCCCAAGCCUGAAGUACCGGAGCGUGUGAGACCGUUGCUGCAAGAGAACAGACAUAGCGUGGCGACAGUACCGAGCCCCUCGACAAUGACUUCUUCGCCUUUUGACGAGCAGGAUAUGCUAUCGUUACUAAUGGGCACCGCACCCAAGAGAGCACUCCCUGAGCCACCAAAACAUAUCGCCCAAGUCGACCAGAUCGUCAUGCCAAAGCCAGUAUCGCCAAUGCCGAGACGAGAGUUCUCACAACAUCUGCGACAAAUGUCCUCAACGGCGAAUACCAUAUAUCAUGAUGAGCCACCGAUGGACUCCCCAAGCGCAAUAUCUACAGGAUCACCCCUUCGGCGUUCCAUCUCACGCUCGAAGAAGGACAUGCCGAACCUUGCACCGCCAACUGUACCGAGCAUGGGAUCCCUCGGAAACUCGAUCAUGGAGCUCAGGAGGAUGAACAGCAUGGUUAGUUCUUACAGCGGUAACUCAUUAGCAUCUUCUGUCAACGAACCUGAUUCGCCGACACUGCCGAUGUUGAACUUGACGAGUAGCUUUUCGCGAAGAACUAUAAAUCCAGUUGCGCCUCGAGUUAGCAUGUCUGGUCGCCAAAACUAUCUCAACCUCGGAAGUCCUAACAAGAACUCCUCGGGAUCAGUUGUACCGCCUAUGCCGACUCGUCCACUACCACAAAGCCGCAGCAAUCGUUCAAAUUUAGGAGUUGAAAUCCGCGAAGAUGAUAUUGAUGAGGGCAAAGAGAAUCAAGAACCAUCAUCGACAUCAAGUGGGCUACGAGAGACACGAAGGAGCACGAACAUGGGACGUGAUACUCGCGACUUGAGCCGAGCAUCGAGCAAGACCAAACUUGGAACUGUGAGUGAGCUCAUCGCUGAAAGCAAACGCGAUAGUAAGCGCAAGAGCGUUGAGUCGAUUGGAUUAUAUGACGCGGAUGGAUUUUUGAAGAGUUCGCCUGUGGAUGCGAAGGGACGGUGUCUACGCAUGUAA